AUGAAAUUAUCUCAAGUUUCCAUUCUUUUAACUAUUGCCACCAUUAUUAAUGGUCAGGUUUUAGAUAACACUAAAGGUUAUAACGCUGCCAUCAUUAAGAGAGCUGGUGAAAGCUCUUCUGCCGAAGAUUCAUCUUCUACCUCCACAGAUGAUGCUGAUGCUUCUGGUUCUGGUUCGUCAUCUUCAGAUGACUCUGCUUCUUCUUCUUCAGACGAUGCCGACUCUUCUGGUUCCGGCUCUUCUUCUUCAGACGACUCUGCUUCUUCAUCUUCCGAUGACUCGGACGCUUCUGGUUCUGGUUCUGGUUCUUCUUCUUCCGAUGACUCUGCUUCUUCUUCUUCUGACGAUUCAGACUCUUCUGGUUCCGGUUCCGGUUCUUCUUCUUCUGACGAUUCCGAUUCCUCUUCCUCUGGUUCCGGUUCUUCUUCUUCUGACGACUCUGACUCUUCUGGUUCUGGUUCCUCUUCUGGUUCUGGUUCCUCUGGUUCUGGUUCUGAUUCCUCUGGUUCUUCCGACUCUUCUAGUUCUGGUGGUUCCGUUUUUGGUUGCAAUUGUGCCAGCUGCAAAGGCUCAAUUGCCAUUGUUGGAAGAAUUUCGCAAUUGGGAAAGCUGGUUACUACUUUGAUCUUCGAUGCUCGAGUAGAAGUUGAUCUACUUGGUACUGGUAGGCAGUUGUUGAUGUAA